AUGGUCGAGGAACAUACUACGACAACAUGUUUGAAUCAUGAUACGAAAAGAAAAAGAUCAGUAAAAUUGAGGUCUGAAGUUUGGAAUCACUUCUCAAAAGUUGAGAGCAAAGAUGGAGCAAAAGCCAAAUGCAAGUGUAACUACUGCAAAAAGGCGUUUUCUUGUCCGAGCAAAGGUGGAACGGCACACUUACUCUGUCAUAUCACUGAGUUAAAAUGUCCGAUCUAUCGGAAGAUGCAAACUAAUAAGAAUGUCGGUAAGUCUCAAGCUCUUAUCCAUGUUGAAGAUAAAAAUCAAAUUCAAGAUGCUAGAAUGGUGUCUUGGCAAUUUGAUCAAGUGAAAAGUCGAAGUGAUCUUGCUGAACUUAUUAUUAUUCAGGAGCUGCCAUUUAGUUUUGUUGACGAUCCAACUUUUAGGAAGUUCGUUCUUAAUUUAUGUCCGAAAUUCAAGUUUGUUUCGAGGAAUACGAUAAAGAGCGAUUGCUUGAAAAUUUAUCAGACUGAGAAGAAAAGGUUGAAAGAUACUCUACAAACCUUAAGUCCAAGAAUUUGUCUCACGACCGACACAUGGACAUUCAAGACUGAGUUGCCAUUUAUGGCGCUAACUGCUCAUUUUAUUGACGAUUCAUGGAAGCUACAUAAGGUAAUUCUCAACUUUGUCAUUGUCCCAAUUAAGGCCAGUGGGGCAGACAUAAUCACGAAUUGUUUAGUAGAGUGGAACAUAGAAAAGAUUUGCACUAUUACAAUGGAUAAUCAUUCUGCUAAUGACAUCGUCGCUGAGAUUUUUUCAGAGCAAUAUUCUUCGAGAGACUUAUUAUUACUUGGAGGCCGUCAUCUUCAGGAAUUGGAGAAAUCAAAGACUCUAUCUAGAGUUAGAAAGACAAUAAAGUAUGUUAAAGCAUCACCGAAAAGAAAGCUUGAGUUUCUUCAGUAUGCUGAUCAAGAGCGUAUACCACGAGCCUUGCAUUUCAGAAAAGUUUACGAUCGUAUGCGAUCGCGGGACAUGCAAUUCAAAGAUCCACCAUUAGCAGAAGAUUGGGAGAAAGCUUCUGUAAUUCACAAGUUCUUGGAGACCUUUAAUAUUGUCACUAAGAUAUUUUCUGGGAGUGAGGAUUGUACAACAAAUGUAUUUUUCCGCGAGUUUGAGAAGUAUUGGCUGAAUAAGGAACCAAACUUGUUGCUUUCGGUUGCACUUGUUCUAGAUCCUAGAUACAAAUUAAAGUAUCUGGAGUUUUGCUACAUGAAAAUCUAUGACAAUACAUUGGCAACAAGGUUCACAAAUCGUGUGAAGUGUGAACUUAAGAACCUGUUUGAUGAAUAUACAAUUACUUGCCAAGUUUCAAAUCCAUUGGAGGGGACUUCAAAAAUAUCUAAAGAAAUUAUGCCAGAUGAUAUUUCAUCGACGAUAGACAUGAUGGCUGAAUUCUAUAAACUUGCUAAACAAGAAGAUGCAAUUAAUAAAACAGAGAUGGAAUUGUACUUGGAGGAGAAGCUGCAUCCUGGCCAAAUUGUUCAAGAAGAUAACUUCAAUAUUUUAGAUUGGUGGAAGUUGUACGCUGCGAAGUAUCCAAUCAUGGCUAGAAUGGCUCGUGAUAUUCUUGCAAUUCCAGUGUCAUCUGUUGCUUCAGAAAGCGCAUUCAGUAUUGGAGGAAGAGUUCUGAAUAAGUUUCGUAGUUCACUACUCCCUACUACAGUUGAAGCACUAAUUUGUUUACAAAUUGGAUUCGUGGAGAUGAAAUACAGUGUGAUUACGGUGAUGAGUUUGACGAUGAUUUCUCAGGUCUUAAGAUUUCGGGAAAGGAUUAGGAGUGCAUCUAGAGACUAUUGCUUUUAUUAG